UGCGCCUUCUCCACGCUCCUCCGCCAGGUUUCACGCUCCAGUUCCUCGGGAGCCGCUGCGGGGCUGGGGUCUGCAGCCCCCCCCCCCUGCCGCGGGCACCCCAAAACCUGGCGUGGGGAUGGGGAGGGCGUGGGGUCUGCGUCCCCCAUGGGUACCCUGGCUCCAAACCAGCCCUCGAUUUAAGCCAGGAGGGACGGGGAGCACGUGUGGGGCUCUGAACGCAGCAAACGCUCCCGGGGGGGUCCUGCCUGGGUCCUGCCCGGGCUUUGCCGUGGCUCUGCUGGGGCCGGGGAGCGCUAUUUUUACACGCACCUCCCCAAAUCUGCCCCGUGCCAAACGGCCCGGCCAAGCCCUGGGGACCCGUGCCGAGAUCCUCAACACACGAGUCCCCGCUGCGGCGGCUGCGGGAGCUCCGGCACAGUCCCUGCCAGCACCGCGCUCCCCGAGCAGCCUCGCAGCCCCGUCCCGAUGGCUCCCGACCGGCCCCCCCCGGGACGUGGGAGCCCCCGCGUCCACCACUCGCCCCCGCUGCUCUCCGCAGGGCUCCUUGGACUGCCCCAACCUGGAGUUUGGAUAUGGGGACGCCGACGGCCACGGCGUGGAGCUGUCAGAGCUGUACAGCUACACCGAGGAGCCCGAGUUUGGCACCAACAGGAGAUGCUUCGAGGAGGAUUUUCACACCCAAGUGCGGGGACGGCGGUGGCUGGAGCUGGACAGGGUGCAGCAGAAGGCCUACGUCAUGCACCUGCUGGAUGGGCUGGAGGUGGUCGACAGGGAGAAGAGGCUCAAGGUAGCACGGGCCAUCCUGUACCUGGCGCAGGGCGUGUUUGGAGACUGCGAUAACGAAGGCGAUGUCCUGCACUGGUCUCGGCACAACAGCUUCCUCCUCUACCAGCUGGGAACCUUCACCGCCUUCCUGGAGCUGCUCAACAUGGAGAUCGACAACAGCCAGGCCUGCAGCAGCGCCCUGCGGAAGCCGGCCAUCUCGCUGGCCGACAGCACCGAGCUCAGGGUGCUGCUCAGCGUCAUGUACCUGAUAGUGGAGAACAUCCGCGUGGAGCAGGAGUCGGAUCCCCCGGAGUGGAAAACCUGCCGGGAGACCUUCAGGAUGGAGCUGGGGUUCCCCGUGCGCACCGAAGAGCCGUUUGCUCUUCUGCUCUUCACGAUGGUGACCAAAUUCUGCAGUGGCCACGCUCCCCACUUCCCCAUGAAGAAGGUCCUGCUCCUGCUCUGGAAGGUGCUCCUGUUCACGCUGGGAGGAUUUGAAGCCCUGCAGGCGAUGAAGGUGAGGAAGAGGGAGGAGCUGGGCCUGCCGCCCCUACCGGAGGACAGCAUCCAGGUGAUGCGCAGCAUGCGUGCCGCCUCGCCUCCCACCUACUGCAUCGAGCUCGUGGAGCAGCAGCAGCAGAAGCGCGGGCACCGGAGCCGGCGGCCCCUGAUGAAGCAGGACAGUUUGGAUAUCUACAACGAGAGAGACCCCUUCAAGAACGAUGAAGCAGGAAUCGACGAAGAAGAGAGCGACGAUGUGGACAGCGGGAUUGAGGGGGAGCUGGACCUGAUGGAGCGGGAUGCGAUUAUCCCCGCGAUGCCAGCCCAGCGCACACCUAUUGAAAGGGUGUCAUUCCCCAAAGGCCUCCCCUGGGCCCCCAAAGUCAGACAGAAAGACAUCGAGCAUUUCCUGGAGGCAAGCAGGAACAAAUUCAUCGGCUUCACUCUGGGACAAGACACCGAGACCCUGAUAGGGCUGCCACGGCCGAUUCACGAAAGCGUGAAGACACUGAAGCAGCACAAGUACAUUUCCAUCUCAGACAUCCAGAUCAAGAACGAGGAGGAGCUGGAGAAGUGCCCCAUGUCUCUGGGGGAAGAGGAAGUCCAAGAAACCCCUUGUGAGAUCUUGUAUCGAGCCAUGCUGUACAACCUCCCCCAGUAUAUGAUAGCUCUGCUGAAGAUCCUCCUUGCUGCAGCGCCUACCUCCAAAGCCAAGACCGACUCCAUCAACAUCCUGGCAGACGUGCUGCCGGAAGAGAUGCCCAUCACCGUCCUGCAGAGCAUGAAGCUGGGCAUUGAUGUGAACAGGCACAAGGAGAUUAUUGUGAAGAGCAUCUCGGCUUUGCUGCUGCUGCUCCUCAAGCACCUCAAGCUGAACCACAUCUACCAGUUUGAGUACGUGUCCCAGCAUUUGGUGUUUGCCAACUGCAUCCCGCUGAUCCUGAAGUUCUUCAACCAAAACAUCAUGUCUUAUAUCACUGCCAAAAACAGCAUCUCUGUCCUGGAUUAUCCGCACUGUACGGUCCACGACUUGCCUGAGCUCACUGCAGAAAGCCGGGAAGCCGGAGACAACAACCAGUUCUGCUGGAGAAACUUAUUCUCCUGCAUCAACCUGCUGAGGAUCCUCAACAAGCUGACCAAGUGGAAACACUCGAGGACAAUGAUGCUGGUAGUCUUCAAGUCGGCCCCGAUACUGAAGCGAGCGCUGAAGGUGAAGCAGGCCAUGAUGCAGCUGUACGUCCUCAAACUGCUCAAAAUCCAGACCAAGUACCUGGGGCGCCAGUGGAGGAAGAGCAACAUGAAAACCAUGUCCGCCAUCUACCAGAAGGUGCGGCACCGCAUGAACGACGACUGGGCUUACGGCAACGAUAUCGAUGCCAGACCGUGGGACUUCCAGGCUGAAGAAUGCACCCUGAGAGCCAACAUCGAAGCCUUCAACAGCCGGAGAUACGACAAGCCCCAGGACUCGGAGUUUGCACCGGUGGACAACUGCCUGCAGAGCGUGCUGGGCCAGCGGCUGGAGCUCCCCGAGGACUUCCACUGCUCCUAUGAGCUGUGGCUGGAGCGGGAGGUGUUCUCCCAGCCCAUCCGCUGGGAAGAGCUGCUGCACUACCAGUGAGAGCCACCCUGUCACCUGCCGCCGUCCCACCCCGGUGAGGACCCCAGGGCUGGAAAGGAAGGUGAUUUUGGACCUGGGGGUUCUUAAGUAAGGCUGGAAAAAAGUAACCAUCUUUCUAAAGAGGCCAGGCCUCUUUGUAUCUACCCAAACAUCCUUGGUACGCAACUGCCAUCUAUUUGGAGGUCUUCCCUUUGGGGUGACCUCUUGGAGACUGUGUGGUAGCAACGGACCUGCACAGAGGCCAAGGACCAGGUUUCAGCAUCACGCUGGUGGCAGUGUCAGCAGCAUCCUCAUCUGUUUUUCACUCCAAAUUUACACCAGUGCACGAGAGAUCAGAGUCUGGGCUGUCCCUUUGCUUGGUUCACGCAUGCAAGUUUGUCCUAAGAGAAUCUCAGCAGUGGAAAGUCUCCAUCUUCCCCCAAACGCCCCAUGCUGCGCUCGAUUUGUUUUCAUUUAUCCAGUUACGGAUGUCCAAGAACGUGCUCCACACACCCUACUGCUGUGAGCAAGAUGCCCUGGUUCCCUGAUGAAGUGGAAAAUAGGUGGCACUCGGUGGCGAUCUUGAGCAGAGGUGACAGGUUGACUUGGCAAACGGAGUUGACAUUACUGCUUGUCCCCAGGCUAGUGCUGCUGCUGGGAUUGUGCAGCCUGAGUUGGAGGCUUUCUUCCACAAUUGACGAUUUUGCAUUCUUCACGAGGGAUAGUAAUUACCUUUUCUACUGCUCCACUUUGCUUCACCACUUCAUUCACUUGCAUUAGAGUAAGAUGCACAGUGAGCUGUGCGUUGCUUAGAGCUGCCAAGGACAUUGAUUGCCAUCUUUCUCUCCAUCUGAAAUGAGCCCAGAAUUAUUGGCACAGAAGUUACUGACCCAAACUACAAGAUGUCUGAAAGUGCCACGUAAAGGAUUAUUUCCUCAUCCAUCAAGAUGCUCCAUUAAGACGUCCAUGCAGGAAAACAAAGUGCAGCAGGCUGUUUGGUUUUGAAGGAUAAUUACUGCAACAUUAGGUUUCCAGGCUGCUUUCUUCACUGCUCCUUAGCCCUUCUAGCCCUAGAGGAGAAAGUAAAUGCCACAUCUUCCUGAAAAUAACCUGAUUUUUUGACAGGUUUUUGGCUCUUUCCUUUAAGCGGGAAGGAAGAGUGCUUUGGGUAACACUUUGCUGCCAUCACAUGACGAAAACAGCAGAUGCUGCAGUCCAGAGCUCUCAAAAUGAAUAGCAAACUGAACUGAGAGCUUUCUAUAACAAGGAAAAACCCUCGUGGGCAGGGGAUAACCCACUGGGUGAGCCUCUGCUCAGCGCUGUGCGUCCCUUCUCCUCGGCCAGCAGCCCUAGUGCUGGGCUUCCCUGUGCUUCCUUCAGGAUCCUGAUGGGGUCUGAGAAUUCUUACCUUUUUCUACAAAACGUUGUCGGUCCAGCACAGGGAAUCCAGGGGCUAACCUUUCCUCCCUUAUGAAACCAGAUCUGGUGUCAAAGAAAAAUGUGUCAAUAAACAUGGGCAAAAUUUGGCUCCUCUCUAGCUGUAUCGAUGUAGCAAGCGCACAAGUGAUAAAAUCACAGGUAUUUGUUAUGGCAGUAUACGUGCUUAUUGCUGUAGAAUUAAACUGGGAAUGUUUCCUUAAUGUGGUUUGCGAAAGACAUUUUUCAAUGAAAUAGCAUUAGUAAACCUGCUCACCUUUUUAAAAAGGCUUUUGUUCAAAAUAAACCAGAGCAACUUUUGAAGUUCAUUCAUUUACUGGAAUUUUUUUCUUUGUGCACCUUAAUUUAAAUGCUACUUAUGGUGGUUAAUUUUUUUUGUUUGUUUUAGGGGUAGAAAUGUAGUAUAAAUGCUACUAUUUCCAGCCAGGUGCUAGGGGAAAGAGCGCAGGACUAACUGGACAGUUUAGGAUUUUCUCUGUGAUGAUUCAUCUGGUUUUCAUCCCAAAUGUGCAGUUUUUCCCCCAUUUUGCCCACAGGCCAGGGUCCUGAGAGCUGAGCUGUACCCUGCAUGGUAUUACAUGGUCUGGCACAAAGGACACUUAUCUGUUCCUUUUUUCCUUCCUUCUCAUGGUGACCUCACACUGAAAUAGACCCCAUAUUUGUUUCCAGCUGCACCACUUAUUUUAUGAUUCCUCUGGUAUUCUCUGUUUUAGAGUGAUUUAGAAAACAGUCUUAUUUCCUAACAGCUAAGUGUGAAUGUAAAGGAAGUAUUACCGAAGUAUCCAAUCCUUUUAGUCUUAAUAAACUAAAGGCAUGGAGAUGUUUCUUCAAGGGGACAAGCGAGCUGAUUAAUUAUUAAAGAAUCAGAAACUUAGAAAAGCCCUUCAUAUUUGGCUCACACCGCCCCCCCCGAGGUGUCUCCUCCACCCAAUGUUUGUGUGGGUGCUGGUUAUUCUCUUUGAUAUCAUGUUCAUUUUUCUGUCUUUUAUAUUUAAAUUCUGCUUCAUAUGAGGUUUCCAUAGCUUAUCAGUGCCUUCCAUCUUUACUGAGGUAUGGAAUAGAAAUACAAAUUCUUACCUGGAUCUCCGUGGUAAAGGUGGUAUGAGCUGUUAUGUUUGAAUACUAUUAAUUUCCACCACCACAAGUUAAGCUUCCUGGAGAUACACCUCUAUAUAAAAACUGAACCUCUGUGUAAAAAAAUAACUAGGGAAACGUAGACUUUUAACUUAAAUGCUUUAUCUCAUCACGGAUUUGUCACAGACUGUAUGUCUAUCGAGACAGGCCAUGCUUCGUGAGGGUUUCUUUGGGAAAGAUGGGCAAUGUGGGUGUCAGUUCAGGCUGAUAAACGCUGCUGGUCUCCCUACAGACCGCACAGCGCUCUGCUAAGCAGCCGUGGAGCUGAAAUGCCAUUUUGACAGGAACAGAGGAACCUAUAUUUUAAUAAGUUUAUUCUAGUUACAAACAGAUGCAAGUCAAGGUAAUAAUGCCAAGGCUUUCCCUAGACACAUUUGAGCAGUAUAUUCACUGAGGCUCCUCUAGAAAACUCCCUUACCAUCUCUGACAGCCUGAGCUGCUGCUCCUCCAGCGGUACCAGAAAAGUCUCCAUCCUGCUACGAAUUCUCAAACCGCAAGCUGGUAGCAGCUUAAAACUUCUUUGCUUCACAGUGAGCAUUUUCUUCUCCCUAAAGACCUAAGAGUCAGAAGGCAGCAAUUAUGGGAUAAUCAUUCUGAUACAUAGGAAAGAAAAGUUCUAGAAUAUAGUUUUCUAAUGGUUUCUAUACAGCUGAAGGAGCCAUAUCUUAUCUUACCCCAAACAUGACUGCUGAUUCCAGGAACGGUUGCAUAUGCUUAGUUUCUGUUGAAACUGCGUCUGCAGAGCUUUUUUUCAGCCUACAGGUGGUUGCAGAAAGCUUUGCUGCUGGUAAGUCAAUAAGUUCAGUACCUUAAGAU